GCUGUAAAGAGCUCGAGCAAGUCGCCGAUCAUCAUGGCUGCUGACUGGACCUUGCGGCAUUUGGCACUGAUCCUCCUAUCCAUCACCUCUCAGCAGGUUCUCGCGGCGAGGCAGCAGGACCGCCAUACCAUCAGCGUCCAGUCUCUGCUGUCCAGCUCGAUGUGUUCUUCGCCAUCAUCUACCGCUCCAGCUGGAAGCACCCUCCAAAUCGUCCACCGCGCGUGCCUGCAAACCGGCGACGACAUCGCGGUGCCGGACCACCACCACUACACUGGCAUCCUGCGCCGAGACCGCCACCGAGUCCGGUCCAUCUACCGGCGCCUCACGGCGGCGGAGACCACAACCACCACCACCACCAUCCCCGCCCGUCUCGGCCUUGCUUUCCAGAGUCUCGAGUACGUGGUGACCAUCGGCAUCGGAACCCCACCGCGCAACUUCACCGUCCUCUUCGACACCGGCAGCGACCUCACCUGGGUGCAGUGCCUGCCGUGCCCCGACUCCUCCUGCUAUCCCCAGCAAGAACCCUUGUUCGACCCGAGCAAGUCUUCCACGUACGUCGACGUCCCGUGCAGCGCGCCGGAGUGCCACAUCGGUGGCGUCCAGCAAACCAGGUGCGGGGCGACCUCGUGCGAGUACAGCGUCAAGUAUGGCGACGAAUCCGAGACUCACGGUAGCCUUGCCGAGGAGACUUUCACUCUGUCGCCGCCGUCGCCGCUAGCGCCGGCGGCCACCGGAGUCGUGUUUGGGUGCAGCCAUGAGUAUAUUUCAGUCUUCAACGACACGGGCAUGGGUGUCGCCGGUCUGCUUGGUCUAGGCCGGGGCGACUCGUCCAUCCUCUCGCAGACACGCCGGAGCAUUAACAGCGGCGGCGGCGUCUUCUCCUACUGCCUCCCUCCACGCGGGAGCUCCACGGGAUACCUCACCAUCGGCGGCGGCGCCGCCGCUCCUCAGCAGCAGUACUCGAACCUGUCCUUCACGCCUCUGAUAACCACUAUCUCUCAGCUGCGCUCUGCGUACGUGGUGAACCUCGCCGGCGUCUCCGUCAACGGCGCGGCCGUGGAUAUACCGGCGUCGGCGUUCUCCCUGGGGGCGGUCAUCGACUCCGGCACGGUGGUGACGCACAUGCCGGCCGCCGCGUACUACCCGCUGCGCGACGAGUUCAGGCUUCACAUGGGCAGCUACAAGAUGCUGCCGGAGGGGUCCAUGAAAUUGCUGGACACGUGCUACGACGUGACGGGGCAGGACGUCGUGACGGCGCCGCGGGUGGCGCUCGAGUUUGGCGGCGGCGCGAGGAUCGACGUGGACGCGUCGGGGAUUCUGUUGGUGUUACCGGCAGAGGAUGGCUCAGGGCAGUCCCUGACGCUCGCGUGCUUGGCUUUCCUUCCCACCAAUUCGGCGGGUCUCGUCAUCGUCGGUAACAUGCAGCAGAGGGCGUACAACGUUGUGUUCGAUGUGGAUGGAGGGAGGAUUGGCUUCGGACCAAACGGAUGCAGUUGAUGAGUCAUUGAGUAGCCCAUUUUAUUCUGACAUGCUUGAGCAAGGCAGCAGGAGGAUAAUAAUUUCACGAAAUA